AGGGUGGGUGCCUCAACAGUCCCGUUCGGUUAUUGAUUGCAUGCGUUUGAAUUUGCGCAUACCCGUUUUCUUAUUUGUGUAGCUGGUUUUGUCAAAUUUCUUCUGUAAAUCAACAAGUGGAAGCUAUGCCAGACCAGGAUGUUGUUAGCACUUCCAGUGAAGAGGAGAUGGACCUGGAGAAGGCUGAAGACAAAGGAGAACUUGGAGACAUGAAGACCUUUACCUGGGAUGCUGACACAUUGGACAUCGACCUGAACCACCAGCGGAUCAGCCGGAUCGAGAACCUGCAGGACUGCCCGCGCCUCGAGACGCUCUGCCUGCGCUGGAACCUGCUGACGCGCAUCGAAGGCCUCGGCGCGUUGCCGUGCCUCACCGAGCUCGACCUCUACGACAACCAGCUGACCAAGAUCGAAGGCCUCGAAGCGCUGGUCAAUCUGGAGGAGCUCGAUCUCUCGGUCAACCGCAUCACGACCAUUGAAAACCUGUCGCACCUCACCAACCUGAAGAAGCUGUUCCUCUGCAUGAACAAAAUACAGGUCAUCGAGAACCUGGAGGGCUUGCAGGCCUUGGAAAUGCUGGAGCUGGGAGACAACAAAAUUCGCAAAAUCGCCAACCUGGACAGCCUGACGAACCUGACCAGCUUGUACCUGGGCAAGAACAAGAUCAACAAGAUCGAGAACCUUGACAAGCUGACCAAGCUGCGGGUGCUCAGCCUUCAGAGUGACCGCAUCACGGUGAUGGAGGGUCUGCAGCAGCUGGCCCAGCUGGAGCAGCUGUACCUCUCCCACAACGGCAUCAGCCAGAUCGACGGUCUGGAAGGUACGCAGCUGAACACGCUCGACCUCGCCUCCAACCGCAUCGCCAAGCUGGAGAACAUGGCGCAUCUCACGGAGCUGGAGGAGUUCUGGUGCAACGACAACCAAGUGUCGGACUGGGUCGACCUGGCGCAGCUGAAUGGCGCCAAGCAACGCGAGAGUGUGUACCUGGAGCGCAACCCGCUGGCGCAGGACGUCAACUACCGGCGCAAGCUGAAGAUGGCGCUGCCGACCCUGACGCAGAUCGACGCCACGCUGACGCGGUAGGACCGGCCGGUGCCGCGGGCGGGGAGGCGGGGAGGCAGACUCCCGGCGGAAGGGAGACGGCGCUGAUCUGAAGCGCGCCCAU